AUGAAAGCCAGCAAAGGUGACUGUGGGGCUGACAUCACGAGUCUGACGUCAGCACUAGGGCUUAAGCACCACAACUUACCCGAGAGCUACAUCCGACCCGAACCCGAGAGGCCUCGGCUGAACGAAGUGCAGACCGACCGGAAUAUCCCGGUCAUCGACCUGAAUUGUCCCGACAAAUCCCGAAUCAUCGCUCAAGUGACCGGCGCGUGUCGAACGUACGGCAUAUUUCAGGUUGUGAACCAUGGGGUGUCCGUCGAAUUGACGACGAAGAUGGCGAUGAUCGGCCUGGAGUUCUUUCGCCUCCCCGCGGAGGAGAAGAUGAGCCUGUACUCCGAUGAUCCGGCAAAGAAAAUGAGGCUUUCGACGAGUUUCAAUGUUCAGAAGGAGAAGGUCCAUAACUGGAGGGAUUAUCUCCGGCUCCAUUGCUACCCUCUUGAGGAGUACGUUCCGGGUUGGCCUUCUAAUCCUCCUUCCUUUAGGGAAGUUGCGAGCACCUACUGCAAAGAAAUCCGGCUCUUGGGAUUCCGAUUACUCGGGCUCAUAUCUCUAAGCUUGGGACUUGAAGAAGGCUACAUCGAAAGAGUUCUAGGCGAGCAAGAGCAACAUAUGGCCAUAAAUUACUACCCGCCGUGUCCUGAACCCGAACUCACGUUUGGGUUGCCGGCUCACACGGACCCAAAUGCGCUCACUGUCCUUCUACAAGACCAGGAUGUCCCAGGCCUACAAAUCCUGAAAGAUGGUCGUUGGUUUGCGGUCGAGCCCUGCCCCGAUGCGUUUGUUGUUAAUAUCGGCGAUCAGUUGCAGGCAUUAAGCAAUGGCAAAUACAAGAGCGUUUGGCACAGAGCCGUAGUAAAUUCAAACAAGGAGAGGAUGUCCAUCGCCUCCUUCCUCUGUCCGUGCAACUCUGUGGUCAUCAGCCCACCAUCGAAGCUCAUUUCCGAAAAUGACCCGGCCAUUUACAGGAGCUAUACUUAUGAUGAGUAUUAUAAAAAGUUUUGGGGUAGGAAUUUGGACCAGGAGCAUUGGCCUUGGAAGCUUAUUCAAAAGCCCCUUAUUUUGACCGUUCAAGAAUAUACGCCGGAGUUCCAGCAACAGGCGAUGAUUCUUAACAUCGCGACGAAGGAAUAUUCCAUCUUUAUGAAGUACAUGGUAGGUUUGAGCGAUUACAUCCGGAAGGAGAUGAACCUGUUCACGAUUGAGACGAUUGCAGAUGCGAGCAUGAAGGCUAUUACCAUCGAGGGCAAACAGAAGAAGAGCAACGAGAUGACGGGAGAUGCAAAACAAGCAGGAGGCGAGUCUGGUGGUUCCAAACCUAAGGAGGAGAAGAAGGGUGAUCCAGAAAAAGCAGAACUGAUUUGUAGUCACUGCGAGAAGACAGGACGUAUCACCGAUCGAUGCUGGGAGAAUCAUCUCACGGGAGACGAUGGAUUCUUUGAUGGGGUGGAAGCGGAGGGAGGAGAGGUCAUAGGAGGCACAGAGAUGACGAUGAUGGGGAGGAGAAAGAUUGGGUUUUGA